ACAUUGCCGGAAAUAUUUUUAUAUUUUUUUUCUUCCAAGGCAAAAGAAAAAAUCUUUUCGCUAGUGUUUUUUUCUUCUCAUAUAUUCUCAAAAUAAUCGCAACUAUAAUAAUUUUCAAAAUGCUUUCAACAAUUUGUCGUCACCGAAAUUUAAUAUCCCUACAUCGACAUAUAUCAACAACAAAAUGCAAUAAGGGUUAUAUAGUUUUAGUUCCAGAAAUCGGUGAAGAUGCGUGCUCCAUCGAAGCAUUAGUUAAACCCGAUGGUCUACCACAAUUUGAUACAAUAACAAUUGAAACUUGUAUGGGUGCAAUUGGUCAACAAGCUCUUGAUGUUGAAAAUACUGUUAAAAAUUUAGAAAAACAAAUUAAUGACAAACAACAAGAAGAUAACAUUGAUAGUGAAAAGAUUUUCAAAGAAUUAGAUAUUGUCACUGGUCCAUUAGAUACAACUUGGGGAAUUGCUAAAGCUCUUUACAUGGGUAAUAGCACUUUGAUUCCUACAAAAGCUUAUAUUAAUAUUCACGAUAGAGCUCGAAAUGCCAGAGCUUCUAAAUUUAAUAACAAAACUAUUUAUGAAACGAUUAAAAAAGAAUAUGAAGAAACUAAAAACAUUGAACCCGAAAAGAGUCGAUUGAUGGAAAAGUACUUACUUGAGGGUAAAUUAAAUGGGUUGACAUUAUCUGGGAAUGACAGUGAUGUCUUGAAAGAAAUCCUAUCCAAUUUGGGUAUGGAACGAGCUCAUUUUAAGAAUAAAGUCAACACUUCGGUGAAUAACUUUAUGCACAAUAUUCACGACUUUAAUUUGGUUCGUGAUUUCCCUCCAAGUGUUUUGGAAUCGAUCGCUGCCGAUCCAAAUCAACCACAAAAUGGUCCUUGGAGGGUUCCCCUUCAACCACAGACUGUUAAAAGCUUCCUUAAAUACUGUCCAGAUCGAACAGAAAGAUGGAAUAUCUGGCAAGCCAAUAAUCGAAAGGCUUCUGGGCAAACAGAGAAAUCCCUCGAAAAUAGUUCCCACUUGGAAAAGAUUCGAGCUUUGCGUAAAAGGCAAGCCAAUCUUUUGGGUUACAAAUCUUACGUUGAAAUGUCAAUGCAAACAAAAAUGAUUAAAGAUGUUGGCAAUGCAAAGCAAAUGUUUGCUAAACUCUUGCAAUAUGCUGGUCCAAGACAAUCAGUUGAGAUUCAGUCGUUGCAAGAGUUUGCUGGGGAAAGUGGUUUCGAGCAUAAACUCGAUCAAUAUGAUAUUGCUUAUUGGCAGCGUAAAUAUUUGCGAAGUAAAUUUGGUUUGAAUGAAGACACAAUAAGGGAAUUUUUCCCACUGCCUAAAGUCUUCUCGGGACUUUUUAAAUUCUGUGAAAAUCUAUUUCACAUUAAGAUACUCGAACGAAAUAGUGCCGCUGUUUGGCAUCCGAAUGUUAAAUAUUACGAUGUCUACGAUGCCAGUGAAUCGGCCAAACCAAUUGGUGGAUUCUAUGUAGAUUGUUAUUCCAAGGAGAAUAGAUUUGGUACGAAUUCUGGCUGGAUGGUUGGAAUUAAGAAUAGAAAUGUUUUAGCUGGAAAUACUCCACUUUGUGGUUUGGUAUUUAAUUUCCAUGAGCCAAUGUAUGGUAAACCAUAUUUGCUUAAUAUCGAUGAUUUGCGAAUGGUUUUUAAGACUUUUGGAACAACUUUACAGCAUCUAUUAACACAAGCCAACUACACAGAUUUAUCAGGUCUAUCAAAUAUUGAAUGGGAUGCUUCACAAGUUAGUGGACAGGUUUUAGUCAAUUUCCUUGAUAAUGAUAAAGCAUUGAAAGCGAUAUCGGGACAUUAUGCGACAGAUGAUCCAAUACCAGAGAAAGUUAUCGAUAACAUAAAACUUUUGAAAAAGAAUAUGGCUGGUUAUAAUCUUUGCAAUGAAUUAUAUUUCUCCGACUUGGAUUUAGAACUCCAUCAAUCAGAUGCUUUUUGGUUGGAUAUUGUUAAGAAAUUAUGGCCUGUAUAUCAAUGUUUGCCAUUGGAUAAAAAAGAUGCACAUCCAUGUUCGAUGGUUGAUAUAUUUUCGGGAGAUUGGGCUGCUGCAUAUUUUAGUCAUUUGUAUUCGAAAGUUAUUGCUGCAGAUAUAUAUGAUGCAUUUUGCGAUAAAAGCCCAGAAGAAACUGGAAAACGUUUUAGAGAGACUUUCUUGUCGUCGGGUGGUUCAGUUUGUACGGCAGAGGUUUUUAGACGUUUCCGUGGAAGGGAUCCAUCGGUGGAGGCGCUGCUUAAAUCACUUGAUCUGUUGCAUCAAUCACAAACUAUAUCUGACUUGUAAGAAGAACUGCUUUGUUGUUUUUAAUUUUUUUGUAGGCCUAAACCCUGAUUGUAUGUUAAAAAAAAUUUAAAUAAAAAU